AUGGCGGCCCUGCUGCGCACGGCCGCUUGCGCGGCCGCCGCGCUGACGCUCCUUGCAGUCGACGCCGCAGGCGCGGCGGCCGACGCCGGCUGCACCGCUCCGGGCUGCAGCGCCGGAGCCGAGCGGCAGGGCGAGGCCGCCGACGAGAACGGCGACGCGCCCUCGCUGCUGCAGGUCAAGGCCGGGGGCUCGGCGGAGGCGAACACGACCGCUCUUCAGUCGGGGGAGUCCUCUAGCAGUCGGCGUCGAGGCCUAUUUGGUUUUGCUCCUCCUCCAGAUCCCUGGGGCAUCGGGUACUCCAGCGUCCAGUGCCAGGGGUCCAACGGCGUGCAUCUCACGUGCGCCUAUGGGCAGGUGUGCUGCGGGCCGAUCUGCAUGAGCCCCGGCGGGACGUGCUGCAGGAACAGGAAUGGAGACUACUUCGCAUGCGCCGACAACAACAUCUGUUGCAAGGACAUCUGCAUAGCCCCGAACAGCAUCUGCUGCACGAAUGAGGCGGGCUACGGUUUCGGGUGCGCGGGGAGCAACCAGUGCUGCGGGAACUCUUGCCAGGCUCCCGGGGCCACUUGCUGCCCCGGCAACAAUAAUCUGCCCCCGUACCCGGUGGUGAAGGGCACGGCGUGUGUGAGGUGA